UCACCAGAGGUCACCAUGACUUCCAAAGGUGAAAUCUGUGCUUUUAAAAUCCACGGACAGGAAAUGCCCUUUGAAGCCAUAGUGCUAAAUAAGACAUCUGGAGAAGGUCGUCUUCGAGCACGAAGUCCAAUUGACUGUGAACUGCAGAAGGAGUACACAUUCAUCAUCCAGGCAUAUGACUGUGGUGCAGGGCCUAGUGGAACAAACUGGAAGAAAUCUCACAAGGCUGUGGUUCAUAUCCAGGUAAAGGAUGUCAAUGAAUUUGCACCCACAUUUAAAGAAGCAUCCUACAAGGCCACUGUGACAGAGGGAAAAAUCUAUGACAGCAUACUGCAGGUGGAAGCUAUGGAUGAGGAUUGUUCUCCUCAGUACAGCCAGAUCUGUAAUUAUGAAAUCGUCACAACAAAUGUUCCAUUUGCCAUUGACAGGAAUGGUAACAUCAGAAAUACUGAAAAACUGAGUUAUGACAAACAGCACCAGUAUGAGAUAAUGGUAACUGCUCUUGAUUGCGGACAAAAACGUGCAACUGAAGACGUCUUAGUGCGAGUUGAAGUCAAGCCUGUAUGUAAACCUGGAUGGCAAGAUUGGAAUAAGCGUAUUGAGUAUAAGCCUGGGUCCGGGAGUAUACCUUUAUUUCCCAGCAUUCAUCUGGAGACUUGUGAUGGACCAGUUUCUUCCAUUCAGACCACUAUUGAACUGCAGACCAACUACAUUGGAAAAGGCUGUGAUCGUGAGACAUACUCUGAAAAAUCUCUACAAAAAUUAUGUGGAGCAUCAUCAGGUGCCAUUGACUUGUUACCCACUCCCAGUGCAGCAACUAACUGGACAGCUGGUCUUUUGAUAGACAGCAAUGACAUGAUUUUUAAAUUUGAUGGAAAGCAAGGAGCCAAAAUCCCAGAUGGAAUUGUACCAAAGAAUUUAACUGAUCAGUUCACCAUUACUAUGUGGAUGAAACAUGGCCCAAGUCCUGGAUUAAGAGCAGAGAAAGAAACUAUUCUGUGUAAUUCAGAUAAGACAGAAAUGAAUCGGCACCAUUAUGCGCUUUAUGUACACAAUUGUCGACUUGUCUUUCUGUUGCGUAAAGAUUUUGAUCAAGCGGAUACUUUCCGUCCUGCAGAAUUCCAUUGGAAGCUUGACGAGAUAUGUGAUAAAGAAUGGCACUACUAUGUCGUCAACAUUGAGUUUCCACUCGUUACCUUGUAUAUGGAUGGCACAACAUAUGAACCUUACCUUGUAACUAAUGACUGGCCGAUUCAUCCAUCACAUAUAGCAAUGCAACUAACCGUUGGUGCUUGUUGGCAAGGUGGUGAAGUCACUAAACCCAGAUUUGCUCAAUAUUUUCAUGGCAGCCUUGCCAGCCUUACUAUCCGACCAGGCAAAAUUGAAAGUCAGAAAGUGAUUUCCUGUUUGCAGGCCUGCAAGGAAGGUCUGGAUAUUAACUCCCUGGAAAGUCUUGGUCAAGGAAUAAAGUAUCACUUCAAUCCUUCUCAAUCAGUACUUGUUAUGGAAGGAGAUGACAUUGAGAAUAUAAAUCAAGCUCUCCAAAAGGUCUCCUAUAUCAACUCAAGACAGUUUCCUACUUCAGGCAUUCGCCGUCUUAAAGUCUCAUCUAAAGUCCAAUGUUUUGGUGAAGAUAUCUGCAUUAGUAUCCCAGAUAUAGAUGCCUAUGUAAUGGUGUUUCAGGCCAAGGAGCCCAAGAUUACAAUAAAUGGAAUGGAUCAUUUUGCGAGACCAGCUACACAAUUUGAAAAUGAGAGAGGUGUGAAUCUCUUACCAGAUAUCAGAAUUGUCAGCACAGUCACCAAAAUGGAACAUCCUCCUGACUUGAAAGAAACUACAGAUAGAGUGCACAAGCCAGUUAUGUUAGAGGAAAUGCACCACAAUUUGGAUUGGAAACACUUAGAUGCUACAAACUCUACGGCAGGGUAUUCAAUAUAUGGUGUUGACACCAUGAAAAACUAUGAACAGGUAUUGCAACAUGUUCGCUAUCGUAACUGGCAUGCAUCUUCCAUCUUUGAUAGGAAGUUUAGAAUCAAGUGCUCAGAGUUGAAUGGGCGUUAUACAAGCAAUGAAUUUAAUUUAGAGGUUAAUAUUCUGCACAAUUCCAACUCUAAUAUUAUGGAAUAUGUAAAUCAUAUGGUAAUACAGCCACAAUUUCUCCAGUCUAUACAUCACCCAGAGGAGAGCAUAAACAGUAUUCAUAGCUCAGUACUUCCAAGUGUGGCUACAAUUGUCAUAGUAAUCUGUGUCAGCAUCCUAGUCUUCAUUGUUGCUUUGGGGGUAUAUAGAAUUCGGUCAGCUUACCAACUUAGUUCAAAGGAAAAUGAAAGCAGUAAAGAAAAUGAAAUGGAUUGGGAUGAUUCAGCUUUGACCAUCACUGUCAACCCUAUGGAGAAAUAUGAAGAGCCUCAUCAUGCAGAGGAAGAAAGUGAGGAGGAGGAAGUAGAAGAUGAAGAAGAUGAUACAACCAGUGCUGAGUCAGAUGAAAGUGAAGAAGAGGAGGAGGAAGAGGAAGAAGAAGCCACUGGAAACAAACAAAACAAACAGAAUACCACCAGGCAAGAUCAGCUGGAGUGGGAUGAUUCAACACUACCUUACUAG